AAAAGGCUAGGUUAUGACCUAUUUUCAUCAUUAGUCUUCUGUACAGCUCACGCGACGCAUCAACGGUCGUACUGAGGUGGUCGAAUUCAACAACUUUUCAUCAAUACCAAUUUCAAUACAAUUCUUCUACAAACAUAAUCAUCUAAAAUGCGUGAAUGUAUCUCUAUCCAUGUCGGCCAGGCUGGUGUACAGAUGGGCAAUGCCUGUUGGGAAUUGUACUGUUUAGAACAUGGUAUCCAACCCGAUGGUCAGAUGCCAUCAGAUAAAACUAUUGGAGGUGGAGAUGAUUCCUUCAAUACUUUCUUCAGUGAGACUGGUGCUGGUAAACAUGUACCAAGAGCCGUCUUUGUUGAUUUAGAACCAACUGUAGUUGACGAGGUAAGAACUGGUACAUACCGUCAACUCUUCCAUCCUGAACAGCUCAUCACUGGUAAAGAAGAUGCCGCUAAUAACUACGCCAGGGGUCAUUACACUAUUGGUAAAGAAAUUGUCGACUUGGUUCUUGAUAGAAUCAGGAAAACGGCUGAUCAAUGUACAGGUCUUCAGGGCUUCCUUAUAUUCCACAGUUUUGGUGGAGGAACCGGUUCUGGAUUCUCAUCUCUCCUUAUGGAAAGAUUGAGUGUUGAUUAUGGGAAGAAAUCUAAACUAGAGUUUGCGGUCUACCCAGCACCACAGAUUUCCACUGCUGUGGUUGAACCCUACAACUCUAUCCUCACCACCCACACCACCCUGGAACAUUCCGAUUGUGCUUUUAUGGUUGAUAAUGAAGCAAUUUAUGACAUCUGUCGUCGUAACAUGGAUAUUGAGCGCCCAACCUACACCAACUUGAACCGACUUAUUGGACAGAUUGUCAGCUCCAUCACUGCCUCUCUCCGAUUCGAUGGUGCCCUCAACGUCGACUUAACUGAGUUCCAGACUAACUUGGUACCCUACCCACGUAUCCAUUUCCCCCUGGCGACCUAUGCUCCAGUCAUCUCAGCCGAGAAAGCCUACCAUGAACAAUUAUCUGUAAUGGAGAUCACCAACGCUUGUUUUGAACCAGCAAACCAGAUGGUAAAAUGUGAUCCUCGUCACGGAAAAUACAUGGCCUGUUGUAUGUUGUACCGAGGAGAUGUUGUCCCAAAGGAUGUCAAUGCUGCAAUCGCUACCAUCAAGACCAAGAGAACCAUCCAGUUCGUAGACUGGUGUCCAACAGGUUUCAAAGUCGGUAUCAACUACCAACCACCAACUGUUGUACCAGGAGGUGAUUUAGCCAAGGUGCAGAGAGCUGUUUGUAUGUUGAGUAACACCACCGCUAUUGCCGAGGCCUGGGCACGUCUGGAUCAUAAAUUUGAUCUGAUGUACGCAAAGAGAGCUUUCGUUCACUGGUAUGUUGGUGAAGGUAUGGAAGAAGGUGAGUUCUCUGAGGCUAGAGAAGAUUUGGCUGCCCUGGAGAAGGAUUAUGAAGAAGUUGGUAUUGAUGGAGCUGAUGAGGAAGCAGACGAAGGGGAAGGGGAUGAAUAUUAGAUUCCAGAUAAUCCGGUUUUAAGACUUUAGAAUCUAGUUAUGAGUAUUACAAGUUGUGCAUUAUUAAACAGUUUGACUUGAAUAGUAUUUUGUUUCUACUCUUCUUACCUUGUCUAUCACGUUCUGUUGAAAGCAUACACCCUAUCUUCAGUCUAUGUACAUAAUUAAACAAUUUUUAUUGAUAUUAA